AAACUAUCAGCAGACCAGACUGAGGAGAAAAAAAGAAUCAUGUGGUUGGAUUGAGUUCACCCGGCGCGAUCGGUGUGCACUGUGCUUGACGCAACAUUUAGUAACAGUAAUGUGUGGCUUAUACGAGAUUAGUUGAAGAGGGACAGUAAUGAUUUUUGAAAUGGAGAAUGGACCGAUCAACAAACGUGUCGGAGAUCAACAGAUUGAUAAUGAUCGAACAUCGCUUUUAACAACGCAAAAGGAAGAUGCCGAAUUAGGAACAAGCUCGAUGACCUCGGCAUCUUUUAAUUUCAUCAAUUCGAUUAUCGGAUCUGGAAUUAUAGGAUUACCAUAUGCUCUGAACCAAGCUGGUUUACCACUUGGACUGCUGCUGCUUGUGGGUGUUGCCUUCAUCACAGAUUACUCCAUCAUACUACUAAUUAGAGGAGGCAAUAUCUCAGGCACAAGCAGUUACCAGUCUUUAGUGUACAGCACAUUUGGUUUCGCUGGAUAUUUGGUUCUCUCUGUGCUGCAGUUUCUAUAUCCUUUCAUUGCUAUGAUCAGCUAUAACAUCAUUGCAGGAGACACACUGACCAAAGUGUUUCUAAGGAUACCCGGAGUUGGCCCAGAGAGCAUGUUUGCAGAUCGACAUUUUGUCAUCUUGGCAACCACCAUUCUCUUCACUCUUCCACUGUCUCUUUAUCGUGACAUUGCGAAGUUGGGAAAGGUAUCCUUGAUUUCCAUGGUGUUGACUUUUGCUAUCCUCAUCACGGUCAUCAUCAGAGCAGCCACUCUUGGACCACAGAUUCCCCCUACAGAGGAACCUUGGGCGUUUGCUCGGUGGAAUGCCAUCCAGGCCGUUGGUGUCAUGUCUUUUGCCUUCAUCUGCCAUCACAACAGCUUCCUGAUUUAUGGAUCCCUACGAGAGCCCACACUAAGCAACUGGUCACGAGUCACACACCUGUCAGUGGGCUUUGCCUUCCUGGUCAGUGCUGCGUUUUCUGUGGCCGGCUACAUCACCUUCACAGGGUACACACAAGGGGACCUAUUUGAAAACUACUGCAGAAAUGAUAACCUUGCUACAUUUGGCCGCUUCUGCUACGGGAUCAGUAUUGUGACCACUUUUCCUCUUGAGUGCUUUGUGACACGAGAGGUGGUGUCAAAUGUAUUUUUCAAAGGGAUUCUCUCCAACACUGCCCAUGUUGUGGUCACAUUCAUUAUAGUAUCUGCGUGUACUGCAAUGUCUCUGGGCUUUGACUGCCUUGGUGUUGUUCUGGAAUUAAAUGGAGUCUUAAGUGCCACCCCUCUGAUAUUCAUCAUUCCAUCAGCAUGUUUCUUGAAGUUGUCAUCAGGCCGCUGGUUUCAGGGGGAGAACAUCAUCCCCUGCAUCAUCCUGCUAGCUGGGGUCUUUGUUAUGACCACCGGCCUAAUCAUGACAGUCCUUUAUCCCCAGGAUUGCUCUCACGGGGCAGAGAUGUUCUACUGCAAGACUUCCAACAUGUCUGUGAUCUCGACCACUGCACCUCCACUACUGCCAGUGCAGAAUUCAACGCCAGUGCAGAAUUCCAUCUUUGACAUGCGAUAAAUAUGAUUGUUCAUCUAAAGUUGCAUUUUUGUUGUUGUUUGUGUUGAAUUUUGUACCACUAAUACUGUAUUAUUUAGUUUGAAUAAAACGUUUCCAUUUGUAAUUGUUCUCUGAUUCUUGUGGG